AUGGCGGAGUGGGGAAUGCAACCUGAUGUGCUAACUAAUCAAAUUUUGAUCAGUAAGUUCUGCAGGGAAGGGAAAGUUGAUUUUGCUGUGAUGCUUUUGAAGAACAUGGUUAAUUGCAACUUAGCUCCCAAUGUGCACUGUUACACGGUUUUGAUAAAUGCUCUUUACAAGGAAAAUAGGCUAAUGGAAGUUGAUGAAUUGUACAAAAGCAUGCUGGAUAGUGGGGUUGUUCCUGAUCACGUGUUGUUUUUUGUCCUUAUGAAGAAGUAUCCAAAGGGGCAUGAGCUUCAGCUUGCUUAUAUGAUUCUGCAGGCAAUUGCCAAGAAUGGGUGUGGGUUUGACCCUUCUAUGCUCACAUUCUCUGCUAGUCUGAAUUCUACUGGAGAUUUGGAGAGAGAAAUUGAGAUUCUGCUUGAGGGAAUUGUGAGAAGUAACUUGAAUCUAGCUAAUGUGGCAUUCAGUGUUUUUAUCAGUGCCUUGUGUGAAGAAGGAAGGCCUGAUUAUGCUUUGCUUUGCAUGGAUAAAAUGGUUAGAGUUGGAUGCGUGCCUUUGCUUUUUACUUACAACUCUUUGAUCAAGUGUCUUUGCCAGGAGGGGCUUUUUGAGGAUGCUGAGUCCCUGAUUGACAUUAUGCAAGUUCGUGGGGUGGUCCCAGACCAAGCAACUUAUUUGAUAAUGGUAAAUGAACAUUGUAAACGAGGUGAUUGGGUGUCGGCAUUCGAUAUUCUGGACCAGAUAGAGGAGAGGGGACUGAGACCUAACGUUGCUACAUAUGACACUAUUAUUCGUUGUCUAAGCAGAGAUAAAAGAAUUUUUGAAGCAGAAGAAUUGUUUAAGAGGAUGCUCAAGUUUGGUGUGGAUCCUGAUGAGGUUGUCUAUAUGACGAUGAUUGAUGGCUACUCCAAGAAUGGAAGGGCAAUUGAAGCCCGCCAGUUGUUUGAUAAAAUGAUAGAGAAUUCCAUUCGGCCAAGUUCUUAUUCCUACACUGCACUUAUAAGUGGGUUAGUGAAGAAAAACAUGACUGAUAAGGGAUGCAUAUACCUUGAUAGGAUGUUGGCAGAUGGUCUUGAGCCAAAUGCGGUGUUGUAUACCUUGCUUAUUAACCAUUUCUUAAAGAAGGGAGAGUUUGAAUUUGCCUUUAGGUUAGUUGAUUUGAUGGACAAAAACCAGGUUGAACAUGAUCUUGUCAUGUAUAUCUCACUGGUCAGUGGUAUUAGCAGAAAUAUCACUGGUAUUAAGAAAGAAUGGUGCAUUUUAAAUAAAGGGUCUGAAAGGGCAACAGAAAUGUUGCUCCAUUUGCUCCAUCAGAGAACUCUAAUCCCAAGGGAAAAUAUUUUGAGAGUUUCUGUUAAUUCUCUUGAGGAAAUGAAAUGCUUUGUGUUGAAGCUGAUGCAGAAGGUUAAAGAGAUUAGGUUUAUGCCAAACUUGUAUAUAUACAACGGUAUAAUCUCUGGAUUUUGUAGGGCAGAACAGAUGCAGGAUGCCUAUGAUCAUUUUGAAAUGAUGCAAAAGGAGGGUGUACGUCCCAAUCAGGUGACUUAUACCAUUCUCGUUGAUGGGCAUAUCCAAUCGGGUGAUAUUGACAGUGCAAUAGGAUUGUUCAAUAAGAUGAAUGAAGAUGGUUGUGCUCCGGACAGAAUUGCGUACAAGACUUUACUGAGAGGCCUUUGUAAGGCUGGGAGACUACUUGAUGCUCUGUCAAUCUCAUAUAUGAUGCGUAAGAGGGGGAUUUUACCAAAUCGGGUUUCUUAUGAAUAUUUACUCGGUUGUUUUUGUUCUAGUGAUCUAAGUGUUCCUGCCUUCAAGAUAUUUGAAGAAAUGCUUGCUCAAAGUUAUAUACCUAGCCAGUUUAAUUGCAACCGGUUGUUUUGCAUAUUAUGCGAGAGUAAUAAAUUGCAUGAAGCUCGUAUAGUAUCUGAUAUGAUGCUUCAGAGAUGGAAAUCUCCAGAAAAUGCAACAAAGAGGCUUCUUCUGGAAGCGUGCUAUAAGGAAAGAGAAGUUAAUUUAGCAACAUGUUAA